CUCGCUCUCUCUCUCUCUCUCUCUCUCUCUCUCCAGAGAACGCUCGUCACUCCGGUCUCAGAAGUAGAAGAGGAAGGGAAAGAGGAGGAGACAUGGGUCCUGCGAGAGACAGCAAAGCGCCGAAGAGGGACGGAUCGAACCGUUUGGGUUCUCUAGGGGGGGCGGAGGGGCCGGAGACAAGGCCCGCGUUCACCGUUGACGGCGCCGACGAGGACGAGUGCCUGCGCCGGUCGGACGUGCUCUCCCGGGAGGAGGUGCUACGCCGCCGCGCCCGCCGGCUGAAGCAGCUUGCCGGAUGCCACAGCCGCCAGUUCUGGGCCCUGAUGGAGGAGGUGAGGGUGAAGCACCGGGAUUACUAUUGGGAGCACGGUGUGAGCCCCUUCGAGGAGGGCGAGGAGGAUGGGGACGGUGGUGGUGGGAGAGGGCGGGAGGCGGGGGAGAAUGGUGGGGCGGUCGGUGGGGCCGUUGAGGGGAGGGAGGAUAAUAGGAUGGCCAGGGUCGGGGUAGGGUUAGGGUUAGGGUUCGGGAAAGGGGAGGGUAGCGGUGGGAGGAGGGGGGAGAGGAACCGGUGCGCGUUUGCUGGGUGCAAAUCGAAGGCGAUGCCUUUGACCAGGUUUUGCCAUCCGCAUAUAUUGGCGGACAAGAAGCAGACGCUUUACAAGGCCUGCAGUUAUGUGACGAGGAGUGGGCAAAGUGGGCCAAUUACCUGCGGAAAGCCGGUUCUCAGAGUUGCUGUCCCCUCCCUCUGUCAGGUCCACUUUCAGAAGACUCAGAAAAGCAUCACACAAGCUUUGAAAAGGGCUGGACAUAACGUUUCAAGCAGGCCUGCCCCUAAGUUCAGUAUUCUAAUCGCUGAAUACAUUCACCAAAUUCAAUCAAGAAGAAGAGAUGCAGUGAAUUCUGCUAUGGGUGGCAUUGAGCAUUAGGAUUGAAUUAUUUUUAUAUGAUUUUAUUCGUGACUGCUUUUUAGCCUCCACUCAUGGCAAAGAAUCACUUCAUUCUGGUUCUGGUCUGAACAUCAUCAUGGUGAAAACAGCAGUUCCGCUCAUUGAUACGUUUUGAAUAUAACUAAAGAUAUAUUGCAGGCUUUCUACAGGAAGCUGGAUAUGAACAAAGAUGGUCUUAGAUCUUAUUAAUAUUAGCAAGAAAUUUGUUUCAUGUGUAUGAUGCUUUGUGAUAUGGGCUGCAAAAGACCCUUUAUUGUUAUGGCAGCUGUGGAAUCCUUGGAUAUACCUGGUUUGUUAGUGCCCUUUGGUCUAUAUGCUGCUAGGGAACCGAGCUCAAGGUUUUUCUGCCACAUGUAUGCACUGUUCUGUCUUUUGGGUAACAUGCAAAAUCAAAUUCUCUGCUGCUCUGUUGCAAAUUCACGGCAUUAUUCUUCAGUAUUUGCAUUCUCUGCCUGCUUUUUCUGGUUCAAUUAUUUGUCCAAAUUGUUGCUAAUUUGACCACAGUUUAUAGAUACUAUAUUUGCUCAUCGUGGCAGUGAAGCAGAUGGAUAUUAAUUUGGUUGUUUCGUGGUAGAGAGGAUUUGCUAUAACGGAAAGGCAUCUUAUUUACCAUGCUGCAGGAUCAGAGCUCAGUGCCCGGAUCACAAGCGUGACGUUGGUGUGGUGUAUGGUUUACUGUAUUUAUUAACCUUUGUACUUCUGGCUGUUGGGUGGUACAAUUCAUGUUAUCAGGUUCGGAUUGCCUAGCGAGAGUGGUUCACUAAAUUUGUCAUGCUGCUUGAGUUGUAUAUAUUUGUUCCCAUUAAAAUUAGACAUGGCAAAUGUAAAUGUCUUUAGAUUGUUACCUUUUUUUUUCCAAAUCGUUCUAAACAUCCAGAAAUCUGCAACUUAUCAA